UGAGGCUGGGCCUGCCUCUCCCAGCGUGCUGCGAAGGAACGGUUGUUGGUCUGUGUUGGGUUCAGUUUCCUCGCUCGUCUGGGGCUCCCGUUUUCUGCUUCUUCCCUCUGAGCUGCAACCUGGUGAAGAGGAAGCCAUGGCGCUCCGGGUCACCAGGAACACGAAAAUUAAUGCUGAAAAUAAGGCCAAGAUCAGUAUGGCAGGCGCAAAGCGUGUGCCUUUGGCCACUGCUGCAGCCUCCAAGGUCGGACUGCGGCCAAGAACCGCACUUGGAGACAUCGGAAACAACGUCAGUGAACAGCCACAGGCCAAAUUGCCUCUGAAAAAGGAAGCAAAACCUUUAACUGCUGGGAAAGUUAUUGCUAAAAAACUACCAAAACCUCUGGAAAAUGCACUCGAGCCUGAGCCUGAGCCUGUGCCUGUGGUAGAACCAGCGCCGGCGCUGGCGCCAGAACCUGAGGCUGUUAAAGAAGAAAAACUUUCACCAGAGCCUAUUUUGGUUGAUACUCCCUCUCCAAGCCCAAUGGAAACGUCUGGCUGUGCACCUGCAGAAGAAUAUCUGUGUCAGGCUUUCUCUGAUGUAAUUCUUGCAGUGAAUGAUGUGGAUGCAGAAGAUGGAGCUGAUCCAAACCUUUGUAGUGAAUAUGUGAAAGAUAUCUAUACUUAUCUGAGACAACUUGAGGAAGAGCAGGCAGUCAGACCAAAAUACCUUCUGGGUCGGGAAGUCACUGGAAACAUGAGAGCCAUCCUAAUUGAUUGGCUGGUGCAGGUUCAAAUGAAAUUCAGAUUACUGCAGGAGACCAUGUAUAUGACUGUUUCCAUUAUUGAUCGGUUCAUGCAGAAUAAUUUGGUGCCCAAGAAGAUGCUGCAGCUGCUUGGUGUCACUGCCAUGUUUAUUGCGAGCAAAUAUGAAGAAAUGUACCCUCCAGAAAUUGGUGACUUUGCCUUUGUAACUGACAAUACCUACACUAAGCUUCAAAUCAGACAAAUGGAAAUGAAGAUUCUGAGAGCUUUAAAUUUUAGUCUCGGUCGUCCUCUACCCCUGCAUUUCCUUCGGAGAGCAUCUAAGAUUGGAGAGGUUGAUGUGGAGCAGCAUACUUUGGCCAAAUACCUGAUGGAACUAAGUAUGUUAGACUACGAUAUGGUGCACUUUCCUCCUUCUCAGAUUGCAGCGGGAGCUUUUUGUUUAGCACUGAAAAUACUCGAUAAUGGUGAAUGGACACCAAUUCUACAGCAUUACCUGUCAUACACUGAAGAAUCCCUUCUUGUUGUUAUGCAACACCUUGCUAAGAAUGUAGUCAUGGUGAAUCGUGGGCUUACAAAGCACAUGACUAUCAAGAACAAGUAUGCCGCAUCUAAGCAUGCUAAGAUCAGCACUCUAGCACAGCUGAAUUCUGCACUAGUUCAAGAUUUAGCUAAGGCUGUGGCAAAGGUGUAACUUGUGAAUUUGAGUUGGAGUACAGUAAUAUCUGCAAAUACAAUUGGCACCAUGUGCUAUCUGUACAUAUUAAAUGUUACAUUUACUUACUUUUAAUAAAGCUAUUGUCCUUUUUAAUUCUUAUACUUUAGUUCAUUUGAAUAUAACUACUUCCUACUGUAGGGUACCUUAAAAGGUGUCUUAAGGAUAUGGUGGGGAAUAUAGGAUGUAAAAAAUGCUUUCAGGUAACCUGGAAACCCAACUAAUAUAUAUAAUUGUUGCUUAUGUAGUUCUUGUUUCAUAUACCUGACUUUUACUUUAUUAAUAGGAAUUACUGAGGUCAUGAAGGUGUUCAAAACUCUUUAUUUCCACAGAGCAUACUACAUGUAAGCCCAGUUAUCUUGGAGAAUUCCUGCCUUGUUCUACUUCACUAAAAGUCUACUUCAUACCUAGUCCCCCUGUUUUCUAUUUCUUCUGGUGGUUGCUGCCAUAAUUCUAGUAACCUACUUUUACCACUAUUUCUUAAGUUAUCAAGUUUAGUAUCAACUUUUAACUUGGAAAAAGUAAGAACUCUAAUCUAUAUUCUAAAUCUACUUGACUUUUUGUUUUAUUGGUUGAGACAAUAAAAGAGGCUCCUUAUUAAACAUACAAAAGUAUCUAAAAGUUCAUUUUACCCCUCCCCCAACUUUCAUCCCUACAUCUCAAUCCCAUCCACCUGAACUUUGGGAUAUAUCUUUCCCUGCCUUCUAUAAACAUAUCAUGCGUGUAAAUUGUUGUGGAGAUUUUAAAAAAUGCAAUUGUCCUAUUUACUCAGCAAUUCCUUUCAACUUGUAUAGGCCUGUAUUUCAGUAUUACAUUUCAUAGUAUACUAUAAUAUAGUCAGUCAUUCUGUUGACACUCAGAUUGCUUAUUUUCUUGACCACUGUGCUGUUUAUUUCUUUAUUUUAAUUGUAUACUGUGCUGUCAUUAUCAUUAAAUACCAUGUCAUUUUUUAACACA